CGUUGUGUCAGGACUUUGUCCAUCAUUGGGCAACCUUCGUGGUUGGACAUGGCAGCUCUCAGCGUGCCAAUUGAAGCCCAGAGCAUCAGUAUUCGAGGCUCACAGUUGUUCUUGUGGUCGUCCGAAGGGCUGCCGCCUGUGUGUCACUCAUUGUGGCAUCGGCCUCGGCUCUUGUGAAACACAGAUCCGAGCGACUGCGAACCUUCAGCAACUGAGCAUUACCGACCAUGCCGAUGAUAAUCUAUCGCUCACGUUGGACAUGGCCAGCCUGGAUACUUAAAAUCUUCUUGGUGAGCAAAAUUUAUUCCAAGAUUCAGCAAUCGUCAAAUUUGACUGCUUGGCAUAACCCUAAAGCCAACAAUCGCCGUACUCUUAGUGCCCGCAAUUUAGGCUUCAUCAUUGGUAACAAGAUGUCUACCAAAGCGACAAGCCUUUCAGCAGAAGAAAUCCUUCGCCAUCCUGCAUACAAAACGACGCAAUGGGAUCUCAAACCCAGGCUAUCGGGCUUCGCGACAGUCGCCGAAUCCCGUCCCGGAGGGCCAUUCCCUAUGUGGUAUGAGGUUCACGGCCGAGGACCAAAGAAAAUCGUCUGGAUCAUGGGCCUCGGUGGUAGCCGGAACCUGUGGAAGCGUCAGAAUCGACACUUUGGGCAUCUGCGUGGCGAGGAGUACAGCUCCCUUGUCUUUGAUAAUCGCGGGGUGAGCAAGUCGGCCAAGCCAAAUUGCAGGUACAGUACCUUGGACAUGGCAAAGGACCUCGUCGAACUGCUGAGGCACAUUGGCUGGCUCGAUACCGAUUCUCAGUACUACCCACGAGACUUGAACAUUGCAGGAAUCAGCUUAGGCGGCAUGAUUGCGCAAGAGCUUGCCCUCCUGAUACCUCAACGACUGCAAUCGCUGAUCCUCAUCUCUACGGCUCCCCGCCUGAUUCGAACCGUUCAUACGUUCGAGCAUAUGAAGCAACGAGUCGUCAUGUUUCUUCCCACAGCAGUUGACGUAGAGCUCAAGAAUAAGGCCAGUAGGCUAUUCACCAGGAGUUAUCUCAAUGCGCCAGACACCGGAUCCCUGGACCCAGAAAAAACAUUUCCCACCAACCUUGACCGCUUUGUGGCAGAGGAACUCGCAGAACGUUGCGAAGAUACCGACUUUUCUCGGAGGAAAGGCGUCGUGCUACAGGCUAUUGCCGCUGGAUGGCACCACAAGAGCGACGCAGAUCUCGCAAGAAUGGGGGACGAAGUAGGCAGAACCCGAAUCUUGGUGAUGCACGGGACUUUUGACGAAACCAUUACAUUUCCGCAUUUUGGGCUAAUCAAGGCUGCCUUGGGCGACGGGCCGGAGUACAUUGCUUGGAAAGACUGUGGCCAUGUGCCGCUGUGGGAAAGAGAGGAGGAAUUUAACGAGACCGUAAGACUGUUCAUUGACAAGACAAUUCCAGUUUCGGCCAGUCUCUAGAUCUUCUAGCUCAAGCUUUUCAUAUUUCAUAGCAAU